CUCGAUAUUUGAUGUUCUCGCUUGCGCUGCUGCCGGGCGCUUGCAGACAUUCUUGGUCACUCACCCUGAAUAUGUCAGGACCGUUUUAGAGCAAAUUUUCUUCCUCUGACGUGUUUCGGUGAAACAUGACGAGAUAACGUUUGCUGAAAACGGCGUUUAUAAGGAUACCCAUAUUGCUUGAUGAGUGCACACACUCACUUCUGCCAGAUUCAUACACUCAUACACAUUUCAUUCGAAAAAAGAGUGCCAAAAUAAUGGAUCUGCAGCCGAAAGAAGUGCUGAAACGGCAGUUUCAGAACUACCUGGAGAUAGCCGACUCUCCAGCUCCUCCAUCCCCGGCUGGCAAGUCAUUUGCCUUUCCCAUCGAUCUGUCGCCAAUGUCCAUGCUGGCCCAGAACAUGGGAAGCGCCAAUCUGGAAGAUCCCGACCUUCGGAGGAGGCUGUCCCUUAGCAGCAUGUGUGACACUCCAAGCCCCCUCUCGGUCAGCCAGCGAAAAUCAAAAAUUCUGACACAAAACACCAGCCAGGACGAAGCAAUCAGCACGCCAAGCAUCUUCAGGACCUCUGCUAAAAUCAGCAGCCCCGGGUCUCCUCUGAGGGCGAGAGAAUGCAAUCAACUGUCUCCGGGUGGAAUUAAAAACAAAGAAAACCAUUCGACGGCUGACUUUCUGCUGAAGGACACCUCUCAGGACAGUGUGCUGGACGACCCGGCGAGCAGCUUCAAGUUUACACAGCCGGCCAUUGUGGCCAAGCUGCGGCAGGAUGUAGCACCAAUAUCACCGCACAGCAACUUCAAAUUCUUCCGCUCCCUUUCCUCCGGCUCCGAGUCCAUCGAUGACGGCUUUCUAGACUUCCUCAAUAGCGACAAAGAGGACGAGCCAAUGUCUCCAAAUGCGCCUUCGGGAAUUAGCAACCUCCUUAAGGGCCACAUCCACGGCGACAGUCCAAAAAGGUCGAUGAGCGGACCCUCGAGCGCGAAAAGAAGUCUCAUUCGCAGCCUCUCCAGCAAUGAUUUUGACACUCCUCCUACCUCAAAGGUCCGCCAGAAUCUGUUCAAGAGUCCGAGUCUUGAAGUGAUUCACGACCCCAUGGAAGUAGUUGGCCCCAAUUCAUUCGCGUUCAAGCGCCCUGUGCCGCCGUCCGACUCAGACUCGUGCAUAGAUUCGCCGUUUCAACCAGCGGCCAAGAAGCGACGCACGUUCACCCCAGCCAAUCCCCUGCGGGAGAACAGCAACAGUCUUCCGCCCAACAACAAUGCACUCACGCAGAGCUCACUGCUCAACUACGGAUUUCAGAAAAGCAAGUCGCCGGCCAUCGAUAAGUUCAAACGCAGCUUCUCCGACACUGAUGCCAUUAUCAAGAACUCCGUUGAAAGAUCUUAUGCCGAUUCUAUGCUGAUUGGCGACUUCAGCAAGCCCUACGUGCUGCCCCUGAUGAACGGGAAACACCAGGAUCUCAAGACGAUCUCGUCAGAAACACUGGCCGGACUGCUGAGUGGCCAGUUCAACCUCGAUCAGAUUGUCUUCCGCGUCGUCGACUGCAGAUACCCUUACGAAUACGCCGGCGGACACAUCCGCGGUGCCAUCAACCUUUUUUCCAAAGAUCUCAUCGAAGAGGAAUUCAUCACAAAGUGCCGCCUACCCAGCGCCUCCUCCGAGCAGAGACACAUUCUCAUUUUUCACUGUGAAUUCUCCUCAGAGCGAGCCCCUUGCCUGUCUCGUUACCUUCGCGGCUGCGACAGGGCCGCCAACAAGGAGUGCUACCCUAACUUGUUCUACCCUGAGAUGUAUCUGCUGCACGGCGGCUACAAGGCCUUCUUCGAGUCGCACCCGGAGCUGUGCGAGCCGCAAAGCUACACGCCCAUGCUGAACCAGGGCAACGAGGCCGACCUGAAGCACUUCAGGUCCAAGUCGCGCUCGUGGGCCGGUGACGUGAAGAGCAUCCCGAACAGCAGACUGAUGCCCAGCAAAUUUUCGCUGAAACGCCUUGACGUCUGAUUUUUUCUAAAUGAAUUUCACAAUCGCAUUACACAUCACAGUUUUUGAUACUUGUAUCAGUUCUCCCAGAUGAUUUAUAUAACGCCCAGUUAUUUGUUGUGUAAAUAGAAAUUUAACGGAGCGUAAGCGUUUUUGUGGUGUUUGUUGAAUUAGGUCUCUUUGUCUGCCUCAUUGACUAGAAGUGCUCAAACAUGUAUUUUGCUAACAAAUUUCACUGCUUUGAUCUUCACCCGAGGAAUGCGGAUUUAAAAAGGGUUUUUUCCUCUCUACCUUACUUUCCUCCACUUGGCUGUCGCGUUUGAUAUUCUGUGGGACUUUACUAACUUGAAUAAAACCACAAUGAUGAAAGCCUCCUCUUCCCAACUGACUUUUGAGGAUGAGUGUGUUCAACGUGUACCAGGAUUUUCGUAAAUAUCGCUACGUAAUUUUGU